GAGGCGCUGCUGAAGGCUCUCGCGGAGAAGGCAACCGCGGAGGCAGCCGCCCAUCGCGCCACUCGGCAGAGCGUGGCGACGGUGGACAGGGUGAGAAGCAGAUGGCAGACGCCCGGCCCGGAACGAGGCGCCAACGGCUGCCCGAACCGCAGCGGCAAGCACCGAGCAGACCACGAGGGCCUGGGCCAUCACAGCGCGAGCAUUUUUACCGGGAACGCGCUGCGAAUCGCGCGCAGCAAGAACUGCGUCGACACCUCGCGAGGGCGAACGGGGCGCCCCCUCAACUGCGCCGCGGGCGCCUCGGAGGCGGCAGCGGCGCGGCCGCCCCGUAGCGGCGGCGCGAAGAGGCUGCAGUUGCAUGGAAUGGAUACGAUCACCUGUUUCUACGAUGAGCCCCAGCAGGCUGCGAACCUGGGCUGGGCUGGAGCGGAAACGUGCCACGUGGCAUCUCGCCCCGACGCAACGGAGCCGUCGCGCGACUGCGUCGCGCGCGGCUGCCGGCGGGCGAGGGGGGUCGGGGCAGCUGCGUUGCUGGUCGAAACGGCUGCACCUGCCCCCGGCGACCCCGCGAUCAUCCUGGUCGAUGAGCUGUUCGACCCGGGGCCUGCUGAAAUCGUCGACGACGACAGGCGAGCGUGCAAGUCCCUGAACGUGGGCCAGCUGGGCGAGUCAGUGACCGCUCAUGACCCCAUUCGACCUGCCAGCGAGAGGCAAAACUCAUUGGCCGAGGGGGCAAGCGGCAUUGUCCUGGAUGGAUCGGGCUUUAUCUCGGCCGUGCACGCCGCGCGGGGGGGGGCCGAGUGGGGCCCGACCACCUACUGCACGCUGCUGGAACAGCUCGACGGGCUCAACUUCAAGACGGGCAUGGAGGUGGAUGGGGGACGGCCUGUGGUCGACCGCGCGGAGAAGCUCCGGGCGGGCGUCGGAAUCGAAAUCGACGCCCCAGAG